AUGUCAUCUGCUCAAAAUCCACUUCACGACACCAUUCCAAGAUUGCCAAAAGAGUCUCUUUUUGCUUCUCUGUCUGGAGGUAAGAAUAAUGCAUCUUCCGCAGUUUCUAUAGACAGGGGGUUUCAACAGGGCAUGCCAAUACAUAGUUGUACAAGUCCCUUUUCUGCAUCCACACCCAACAUAUCCACUUCCCACGGUGCCGUGCAUCGAAGAAUUCCCUUUUCUCUACCUUCAACCAUUAAAAUUGUCAACCACCGAAUCGGGGAGCACACAACAGCUUCGCUUCAGAAACUAUCCGGACUUACCUUCGGUUCUACCUCUCUUCGUGAAGGACACCAUUUCCGAUCUGGCGGUCCAUUACAAAAUAGUAACUCUGAGGCCACUAGUUCAAACAUUGAGGAUGGUAAACCGCGUGAAUUCCAUAAGAUGCAGUUUCUGAGCGAUAAGUUGGGCAAUAAGCGUGCCUCAAUUUCGGUAAAUUCAGUUCCGGGAUCUCGUGAUAAUGGCAUCCCUGAUGCUGAUCUAGAGGGAGAAGAGUUGAUCAUUUGCACAAAGCAUUGGUCGCAAUAUACACCACCAGACACCGAUUUACCGUAUGAUAACGAAAAAAUGGGGCCACAAAUACUGGUUUCUGCGGUAGAGCCACGUAGUGAUACUGUCAGUAUGGUAUCCAUUCCUAGUUCACGUGUCAAGCCAAAUGGCUGUGGCGACUCCGUUAAUGCUCGCGGUGAGUCGUUUUCUCCGGGUCGCUGUGCUCCAUCUUUUGACUAUUCUCGAGGCAAGUGUUCCAGUAAUUCAGACAAAAACCAUAUUACAAGUUCCGUACGUCAACUCGGUAGUAGCAUGGUCGGCGUUGAGCAACCAGUGGCACUACAAGAAAAAGGCGUGAUGGAUGAUAGCCCUCAUAGAGGUUUUACUUUAGCGUCUAUAGGUUCCGCCAGAGUUAACGACAAGGAGGUGUCUAACGCCCGCGAAAGUAAUGUUAGUGUAGAUCAUUCCGGCUACUUUGUGCAACAGCAUCCACCGUCUUUUAUGCGAAUUCAAAGCUCAGAAUCUAGUGCAACUAAUGCUACUUUCAGUAGGGUAAUGCAAAACGAUGGGUUGCGAUCCUCAGCUAGCUUUGUGGAUAGCAUCGAUCUACCACGCAGGAUAUCUUUCCAGCGGGGUCGCAUGAUCGGUUCUGGCGGCUUUGGUACGGUCUAUCAGGCCAUCCUUCACGAUGGUACACUUGCCGCCGUUAAGGAAAUUAAAAUAGAACCAACUAAUUUGAAGUUAAUUGACCGUGAGGUGAGCACUAUGAGCAGCCUACCACCGCAUCCAAACUGCGUACGCUACCUUGGAUCGCGGUACAGUCGACAUCACUACUACAUUAUCAUGGAGUAUAUCAGUGGUGGUAGUAUUGCUUCAUUGCGGCAAUCCAUUGGCCCUUUUCGUGAAUCGGUCUUUCAGCGCUACGCCUACAUGGUGCUACUUGGCCUUCACCACUUACACAGCCACAACAUCAUCCACCGAGAUAUCAAGGGUGCAAAUGUUCUUCUCGACGAGCGUGGGUGCGCUAAAAUUGUGGACUUUGGCUGUUGUAAGGACCUGAAUAGCGGGAAAUCGACCUUGGGCGGCGGUGGCACGCCACUGUGGAUGGCAUCCGAGGUGUGCCGCGGUGAGGGCGCCACGGAGAAGUCUGAUGUGUGGUCUUUUGGUUGCCUAUGCUUGGAGAUGACGAAUGAAACGGGGCUGCCAUGGAGCUUUUCUCCUGGGAUGACGCUUCAAGGUCUGGCCUACGCCCUCGCGUGUGCUCAAAAACCACCCCCUAUCCCAACUACACUCUCCCCCAUCUCGCAGGACUUCAUUGCGUGCUGCCUUCGGUUAGACCCGGUGGAAAGGUGGAGUGUGUCACAACUCCUUAAUCAUGACUUUUUCAACCAAGAUUACUACCAGCACGAUGACGAUGAUGAGGAUGAGCUGAUCUUCUCAUGUAACACGAGCGCUCACCCAUCCGCGGUGAAACGUAUCGUUGAGCAAGUCAAUAAAGGUGAAUACGCGGGAGGUCUCCUUAGUGAGCCAAAUGCGGGGCUUCUCGCGCCACAGCCGCAUCAUUCCCCUGUGUAUGCCCCUGAAUGCUCUUUCAAUCCACACAGCCCCCACUUGUCCAAAGGCUUAUCCACUAGCACACGCUCUCAACCACAGUCAUCGUUAGCAGCGGCGGACAUUUCUGUGAACGGCCUUGAAAGCAGUAAGGGAUGUGAUAACAGCAGUAGUAAGCCUGUCUGCUCGGGCUCUAACCACACAGGCGAGAAUGACCGGCGAUUACGAACCAUUAAUAUGGGGUUUCGGCUUGAUGUUGUGGAUGAUAGUGAGGAUGGUGGCGAGGCAGUUAAACUCGACAUGCAUGGUGGGAACUCGAACAUGUAUAUAAAGGAAAGUAUUUCCCCAUCUAAUGACAGCAAACCUUACUAUGAUGCCUUAGAUGACGUCAUCGCACUUGCCCACCGUGCCCGUACGGAGGAAAGGCGUGCUGGGGAGGUACUUUCCACUCCCACGUUAUCGUUGACCGGGUCUUCCAGUAGUUCGUCGUAUCUGGAUGCAAUGAAUACGUCAUGUUCUGAUAAUGUGGACAUCUGCAUUCCCUCUGAUACUAGCAGAACUGCAUUACUGAUCGGACGUGUAGCGCGACAACGCGGGCCCCGACGCGUUAAAAAGACAAACAAAGGGACGACCAAAACUAUUCCCUCAGUACCGCGUACUAAGGAUAAUAAAACAGCAGAUCCGAAGUUUGUUAUACACGACGCAGGGACCGAGCCUUUGAGCAAUAGUGUUUCCACUAGAGUUGGUGAUGCAGUAUCUACUACAGGGAAGCACGAGGAGAAGGUGAGAGGUUCGAGGGAUAUUAGAAUCUCAUCAGCGCUCCAUGCUACUGGUAGCACAAUGCUAUGCGAGAACAAUGAAUUGCACCUUAGAAAGGGAUGCCAAACAAGUAGGACCAUCUUCGACAAGGAUAACAGUAUGCCACAGAAGCCACAGCCGGAAUAUUCUAUGGCAACAUUUGUAUCCGCACCGCUAGGACCGUCAGAAGAGCUGUCUUUUCCGAAUGAAAAUAAUCCCAGUACCAAUUCUCUUCAGCAUCAACAAACCCAUCGUCAACCGACAACCCCAAGUCUUUCUCCCACAAAUACUUCGCCACUGUCAAGGCUUGUUUGGAGUACUAGUGGUAGCGGCAGUAUUUCUAAAGACAUAUCCGGCGUCUUAAGGGAAGCACACUUCCCUGUGAGUCAUGUGAAGUCCUCGGCAACUCAAUCACUAACCCCGUGUGAAAAUCAUCCCAUCAACGCUGAAUUGGCAAUCUCAUCAGUUUCUCAAUCAAAAGAAAAAAAAAAGAAAUUUGAUUUUAGGUGGUUUCGGAAUAAGUUUUAG